AUGUGUGGUCGAUGUGAGUGUAAUGCUGCUGCUCUAUGGGAAUCUUUACAACAGAGAAGCAGAGUUAUGAAGUUCUUGAUGGGUCUUAAUGAAGCUUUUGAGCCAACUCGUCGCCAUAUCUUGAUGAUGAAACCUAUUCCUUCUCUUGAAGAUGCAUUCAACAUGGUUGCGCCAGAUGAACGCCAGAAGUCCAUUAAGCCAAGCUCGAGGCAGGACAAUGUUGUUUUUCAGAACUCUGGGCCUCAUAAUAAUAGUCAUUCUUUGUCAACUGAGAGUCUUUCUGAUAAUGCUGCUUUUGCUACUCAAUAUAACAACACUUAUCGUCCUCGCCAACGUCCGGUUUGUACUCAUUGUGGUCAGCUUGGUCACGUCAUUCAAAAGUGCUUCAAGCUUCAUGGCUAUCCUCCAGGGCACAAGUUUCACAUAGCUCCGGGACAACAACAAUCCUCUCCGCAGUCUCGUGGCCAGAAUCAGAAUCGUACUCACUCUCAGUCUUUUCAGAAGACUAACACAGUGGCGAAUGUGAUGACUGCCUCUCCUCUUUACUUGCCAGCUCCUGCCACGAAUGCGAUCAACAUCGAUCUCAGUCAACUCAAUACUGAUCAAUUCCAGACUCUGAUUCAACAGCUCCAAAGUCAUGUUAAGCCUCCUGAGUCUCAUGUUCCCGUUCAACGUGCGUCUAUUACUGAGGGAGGUCAUAUGGUUGCUAAAUCGUCUGCUGGUAUCGUCUCUUUUCCAUCUUCUAAUAUCCCUUUUCCUUCUUCUAGCCUUCGCUUUGAGAACAAUUGCCUUACUUUCCAACAUCAGUGUUUAUCUUCUCUUUACAAUUCCUUACCAAGUGGUUCUUGGAUAAUUGACAGUGGAGCCACAACUCAUGUUUUCUCUGAUCUGUCUUUGUUUAGUGAGACCUUUCCGGUGUCCGGUGUUACAGUCUCUCUCCCUAAUGGCAUUAGAGAAAAAAUUAGUCAUAGAGGCACCGUGCAUAUUCAUUCAUCAUUGACAUUGCAUAAUGUUCUGCAUAUUCCUUCAUUUCGCUUCAAUCUCAUCAGCGUUAGUAGCUUGCUUAAACAUGAUAAUCGUUCUGUUCAUUUUAAUGCUGAUCAUUGCAUUAUCCAGGAGUCUAUUCAGGGCUUGAUGAUUGGUAGAGGCACUCUUAUCAACAAUCUCUACAUUCUUCAAGUCACUGCUGCUCCUUCUUCCAAUUUCUGUGGAUCCUUGCAUGACGAUGGUCUUCUUUGGCAUCAACGCCUUGGACAUCCAUCUCCUGGCAAGUUACAACAUCUUUCUGGUAUUCUGCAUUUGCGUAAAGAUGUGUUUUCGAAAACUAUUUUACCUUUACCUAUUCCGGUUGGUCUUGAUUUUAAUUCACCUGUUUCUGAUAUUGCUCCUGUUGCAUCUCAUUCUCCUGUGCUUCUGAUAUUUCUCAUGCUACUGAUGCAUCUCAUACCUCUCAUGCAUCUGCAUCACGCUCUAAUGCCACUUCUAUAUCACGGGAGACUGUUUCAUAGGGCACAGGACAGAGUCGCCUACUCAAUGGCAUGUCACGACCUAAGCGUGUGCCUAAGGCUCCAGUCAUAUGUUCUUUCUUAUUCCCUUGAGACGGAACCAACGACAUUCAAACAGGAUAUGACUUCUCCACAUUUUAGACAUGCCAUGAACAAAGAACUUGUGGCCAUGGAAGUAAACAGGACUUGGACUAUUGAAUCAUUGCCUCUUGGUAAGAAUGUGGUGGGUUGUAAAUGGGUGUAUACGAUCAAGUAUAAGGCUGAUUGGACUAUAGAACGGUAUAAGGCUUGGUUGGUUGUGAAGGGUUCCACACAGCAGGAGGGUGUGGAUUUUACCGAAACAUUUUCUCCUGUUGCCAAGCUCACUAGUGUGAAGCUUCUUCUUGCUUUAACGGCUAUCAAAGGUUGGAGUCUCUGCCAAAUGGACGUGUCUAACGCUUUUCUCCACAGUGAUUUGGAUGAGGAGAUAUACAUGAGCUUGCCUCAGGGCUAUACUCCCACGUCUGGUACUUUGCCUCCGAAUCCGGUUUACCGCCUUCACAAGUCCUUAUACGGGUUGAAACAAGCGUCGCGACAAUGGUAUAACAGUUUGUCGGAUGUUCUUCUUCGCUCUGGUUUCAAGCAAUCUGCCUCUGACAACACGCUCUUUGCCAAAAACUCGCUCUUCCCUUGGAAUAUCUGUUUGUCAACGCAAAUAUGCCUUGAUCUUUUAUCUGAUGCUGGUCUUUUGGGAUGCAAACCGAGCUCUGUUCCGAUGGAUCCAACCGUCAAGUUGACUAAGGAAUCAGGCACUGAUUUGCUUGACCUUGCAUCAUAUCGUACUUUGUUCAUGCAUUGCCCGACGGAUGUGCAUCUCGGUGCUGCACACAAGAUCCUACGUUACCUCAAGAAUAACCCGGUUCAGGGUCUCUUCUUCUCUGCUUCUUCAUCUAUCUGUCUGAAUGCAUUUUCCGAUGCUGAUUGGGGGACUGUUCCAUCACUGGAUACUGUGUAUCUUGGCAAGUCUUUAAUCACAUGGAAGUCAAAGAAGCAAUUUGUGGUGAGUCGUAGCAGCACGGAGUCUGAAUAUCGGAGUAUGGCUCAAACGACUUGUGAGCUGUUUUGGUUGCAACAAUUGCUCACGUUUCUGCAGAUUGACGUAUGCACCUCUGCGAAGCUCUUUGGUGACAACAAGUCUGCUAUCUACAUUGCUACAAACCCGGUGUUCCAUGAAUGUACUAAGCAUGUAGAGAUUGAUUGUCACACUGUGCGUGAUCAAGUCAAGAAUGGCUUCUUGAAGCUCAUGUGUGUUGCCAGCGAGAAUCAACAUGCUGAUAUUCUCACUAAACCGCUACAUCCUGGUCCAUUCUUCUCCCUUCUCAAUCUCAAUCGUAUGUCAGUUUCAAGCCUCUUUUCAUCACAGCAAGGUUCUGAAACAGUGGCUUGA